ACAUACACAGGCUACCCAAACCAAGCAUCUUCCCGAUCUCUCCGCGCUUUCCGCCAUCUAAUACAAUGAAAAAAUGACAAAAUUAUGGCUUAUAGUCUUCCGAUUCCGGGAAAACCUCUCAGUCGGUCAUUUAGAGAAGUUGCAGAACACUCUAAACUCCUUGACUGGGAGCUAGACUCCAUCAAAACCGAGCAAGAUGAGACGGUUGGUAGAAGCUUGUUCUAUUUCCGUAACCUGAAAACAGAGCUCAGAAACCAGUGCGAGAAUGCGAGUUCGCAGCAAGAAAAACUAGACAUUCAGACGACGGCCGAGGAAGCAUCCGUGUGGGUGAUGGGCUCAUGGGGAGCUCUAGAGUCCGUGGACUGGAGGAGAGAGGAGGCGAAGGACUAUGCGAAUAGGAAAUCUGAGUUAGUGAAGCAGAUCCUUUCAUUCAAGAUUCACGUCCUGUGUUUGAAACUGUCACGAGUUAGCGCUGUUAUAAGAGAGUUACAGGAACUAGAGUCUGCAAAUGGGGCAAAGUUCCAAACUCCUCCAAGUCUUCAACAACACAAAUUUGAGGACUGGGUCCAAAGCAAUGAACAAAUUUUCCAGCUACAGUCAAAGAUUCUUGACUUGGAAGCCAGGAAAGUCAGGUUGCACAAGGGCUACUUGAGUAAAAAAGAAAGGCGCCCUUCCAUAUCCUCUAUCACCACCAAGGAAUCGUUCGCAUCAGUGCUGGACACACACCCUGGGCGGGAAGCAGAUACAGAGUUCAUGCACCGGUUUAUUGACGAAGUUGUCAUAUCUGAGGCCCCGCCCACAUCUAGCGACUCAGCACUGGACAGGUUAUUGAGUAUAACCUCCCAGAACAUGAGCUUUGAAGCUUGCAAGUUGAAGGCCUAUGUUCGAGAGUGCUGGGAGGUAGAUAACAUUGAUGACAACUUCCCGACUGGGGUUCAUCCUGACCGUUACCAAGAGGUGGUCGGGGGUAUGUGCCAGUAUGUCGUGGACAAGCAUUCAUCAUAUGGAGCACUACCUUAUGAUGCCAUCUAUGCAAAGAUUGAGCAUCAUCUCAUUCCUGUGAUCUACAACAGAAUUCGUCUUUAUACAAGCAAACCUGAGGAUGACAGUAAAAUACAAAAGCUGUCCUCUGAUCACAGUCAAAUAACACAGACAGACAUUGGUAUAAAGCCGUGUUACCAAGAUGUUGGCUUAGCACCCUUUUACCCAGCUAUUGCAGCAUUGAAGAGCAUGUCACUCUCAAUGACACCGACCAGGAAAAUAUACAACGUCGUGAAGGCUGCAAAGCUGGUGUUUGAGAAACUGAAUGAGCUGGCGGCACGAGACAGCAGACAACAGCCUGGUGCAGACGAGUUCAUGGACGUGUGGGUGUACGUGGUCCUAAAGGCUAACGUCCCUCAUCUCAUAUCCACCAUCACAUACCUCAAACAGUACUCAAACCCAAACCUGGGCUUUACCGAGGCUGGGUACUACCUGGCUAGCAUAGAGUUCGCAUGUCAGUACAUCCUGAGGCUCAGGGAGACGGACUUGUGCAGUAAGCAGCUCACCGGAAAGGAAGACCUUCUAGUGGUGUGUGAGAGGGCCAGGUACCUUACUAUGGCGGCCGGGGAGGAUCCACUGGUAGAGGUGGUGGCGGAGGAGGCGUGGCUUUCGGGGUAUGAGUUGUAUGCAGUCAAGGAGUGGCAGCUGGACCAAACCAGAUUUCGCACGGCCAUCCUUAUUCCGAGUGCUGAAUCCACAGCAAAGGUCUCUAUCUCCACCGUGCGACUCAACACACGGACGCUAUCUCCAAUUCAACUUAAAACUCUUGAAGAAAGUUUUCUUCACCCUCAAGGUUUAGACGGGCUAUCAUGCAUUAGUACCCCAUGUGGUCAGGCCUUGGUUUUAGACCCCAAUAAUGUUAACCGUCGCGUCACCUUAAUAAGAAUCCCUGAUGGAAAGUAUGAUGAUUAUGAGGAGGAUAUAAAAUGGUAUUGCACGCUGGAGAGGCUUAGCUGUCUCUGCAGCACCCUCACAGAACACCGUUCAUAUAACCCCUCAAGCUCCGUGGAAUGUUUUGAGGGUGAAGUCUCUCGAACUGCGUCGUCGAAUUCGAAUGAACAUUGUGUGGUUGACCCUGAUAUUGUUUCAAAGGCAGCGAAAAGAAGAGAUGACCUGGUCACCGAGUAUUAUGGAGGCAGGUGUGGAAUAGAGAUGCGUCAAUGGACUAUCUCUUCCUUUAUGGUCGUGCUCGUGACACUCCUACGAAAUCUAGGUUACCUUUCCCCGCUUUUGGAUAUCACUAAACCUUUCUACUCAAACCUAGUUCUACUCUCGGUUCAUCGUUUCCAAAUGGAUCACAAUGAAUUGCUUAACAAAGAGAGCUCCAGAAACCAAGCUCUCUCCACCAGUGGAUACUUGUGCCCCGGGACAUGGGACGGCUUGAUAGAUCUCAUGAACACUCAGUUGUCGAAACUCAAAAGGUUGGGGUUUGAAUAUGAUGGUAACCCCUUUGCGAGUGACAAUAGAGAACAAGCGAACUUUCGUAGAUUUGUCCGUCACUGCCAGGAGUCGUUAGCAAUAGAGAUGCACAACCGGGGAACAUUAGAGAGGCAUACACGAGAUGAGAUAGAUAGGCUCAUCCUAGACAUGUGAAGAUCACGUGUCGUCAAACCAUGCUCUUCAGUGAUAGGCUUAUCUCAAACAGGUGAUAAUCACGUGUCAAUGUGUGAACAGUCAUGUUCACAUGCCAAUCUAAGGGUUGAAAUGAUAUUGUUCAUUCUGACGGUGUUCGUUAAACCUCAAAAUAAAAUGAAACACAAAAGAAA